GGUUGUGUGUGCCUGUGUGCGGUGGUGGUGGUGAGGAACGUGUCGUGUCACAACGUCACCAUGCUGGGUGAGAGACAGGCGUUGCAUUCAUUGCUGAGAAAUUUUAUGUUGACUGGGAAGGAUGAUGAUGAUGAGACGCAGGAUGAUGGUGGUGGCGGUGGUACAACUGCUCGUGUUGAUGUGUUGCGGUGUGGCGGCGUCGCAUGUGUCUUCUGGUAGGAAGGCGUCCAUCUUCUUUCUGCUCACGGAUGACCAAGACGUCGACAUGGGCUUUGUGUCCCAGCCCAAGCUCGUCAGCCUGUGGCAGAAGCAAGGCGCCACAUUGGAAGCAGCCUUUGCCAGCACACCUGUGUGUUGUCCUUCACGCGCAGGCAUCCAGACGGGAAGGUACAUCCACAACGUCCCCAUGACCAACAACUCCAUCCCGGGCAAUUGUUCCAGCACUGCGUGGCAGCAAGGCGCCGAGAGGCACAACAUCGGCCACCUCAUGAAAAAGCCGGUGUGUUACACAACAAUGUACACGGGCAAAUACUUGAACCAAUACGGUGCCCCGAGUGCCGGUGGUGUGCAACAUGUUCCUCGCGGAUGGGACAACUGGCAAGCACGCAACAGCGUGUACUACGACUACGUGAUCUCCAACAACGGAACCCCGGAGCCACACGGCAACACGUACCUGCCAAACCUGCUGUUGGACAAGACAUCCAAUUUCCUGCGGACACUGGAAGGGACUGAUGACCCCUUCUUCAUCAUGAGCCUGCACCAGAAUAUGCGCACCUCCUGCCAAAUGCAACUGCCGCGCCCGCCAAACUAUGGCAAGGCGUUUCGAGACAAGCACUGGUUUGUUGCAAAGCAAGGAGAGGUCGCAGGUUUUGGAUCAGGGUAUGCGCCAAUCGAGGAGAAGUACAAUGAUCUGCAGUACCGCCGACGCGCCCUCACGCUCAUGACCGUUGAUGACAUCGUCGCAAACGUCACAGCGCACACAGCGGGGGCAACUGCUGCUGACGAUCAACGGCCGCCUGGGACGGCGCCGCGCGGACUCGUGCAGACGGCAGUGGCUCUUGUUCGCAAUGAAGGGUUCCGCGCACUCUACCGUGGCCUCACCGCCUCUCUGGGCAGGCAGGGCACAUACUCCACCACGCGCUUUGCAGUGUACGACUUUCUCAAGGCUGAAUUCAGUGCCCGCAAGGCUGACGGGCAGCUGACGACUGCCGAGCGCUUUGCAACAGCCAUGACCGCGGGCGGGUGCGGUGGCAUUGUGGGCACACCCAUGGACGUGUGCAACGUGCGCAUGCAGGAUGAUGGCCGGCUGCCGGCUGCCGAGCGCCGCAACUACAAGCACGUCGGCAACGCCCUUGUUCGCAUCAUCAGGGAGGAAGGCAUUGGCAAGUUGUACUCUGGGCUCGGGCCCAACGUGAUUCGCGCCAUGCUCAUGACGGCGGGGCAGCUCGCCUCAUAUGACACGUUCAAGCAGCUGCUGCUGACAACAACUGGCGGCCUGUUCAAGGACAACCUCGUCACCCACUUCACGGCGUCGACGCUUGCCGGUGGCGUUGCCACGCUGCUGACACAGCCGGUCGACGUGGUGAAGACGCGCGUGAUGGCAGCGACCCCGGGCACAUACAGCAGCGCACUGCAGUGUGCGGGCAUGACGCUCAAGCAGGAAGGACCGCUCGCCUUCUUCAAGGGGACGGUGCCUGCGUUUACGCGUCUGGGCCCACAAACGAUCCUCACGUUUGUGUUUCUGGAGCAGUUGCGGCGAUUGCACUACUACCUCACGCAUGGUGAGGACAAGCCCGUCUGA